AUGGCCGACUCAAAUGCACCCAAACCGAGCAGCAGCGUCAAGCUGGUCCUCCUCGGUGAAGCCGCCGUCGGCAAGUCGUCUCUUGUCCUUCGGUUUGUCAACAACGACUUUCAAGAAAACAAGGAGCCGACAAUAGGAGCCGCUUUCCUGACACAGAAAUGCAACCUGCCGACGCGGACCAUCAAGUUUGAGAUCUGGGAUACCGCAGGUCAGGAGCGGUUCGCAUCCCUCGCGCCCAUGUACUACCGUAACGCGCAAGCCGCCCUGGUGGUCUACGACCUGACGAAACCGACAUCUCUGAUCAAGGCGAAGCACUGGGUUGCCGAGCUGCAACGGCAGGCGUCCCCCGGCAUUGUCAUUGCGCUUGUCGGCAACAAGCUUGAUCUCACAAACGACGGGGCCGGAAAUGGCGGGGACGUCGAUGCUGGGGGCGAGGAUUCGGGCGAUGCCAGGAAGAUCACCACCGAGGAGGCCAAGACGUACGCAGAAGAGGAGAGCCUUUUGUUCUUUGAGACCAGCGCCAAGACGGGCUACAACGUCACCGAGGUGUUCACGGCAAUUGCCAACGCGAUCCCGGAGACAUCCUUGAAGACGGCCCGCGGGCCUGGCGCAUGA